CUGCUUUGGUAGAAUCGAUUGUCAUUUCCCAUUGCAAUGCUUUUAUCCAAGCGUAACCGUAACGAUAAUACGUCAGGUCGACAGACUAAGCGUCACUCUCCUAGCCCUGGUGGCACAGAUGAGAAUCAGCCAACAUCCUCCAACGAAAAUGACGAGAAUGCAUCCGCCUUCAAGACACCUGAAAAUCAAAGAAUCAAAAGCUUCCAACAGGGUAGCUUGACUCCUGUUAGAAGUUUAGCUAAAUCUCUAGAGGCAGCUGCUGUAACCUCACCUGGUUCAGCUAAAAAAUCCACUUCAACUAAAUUGAUGGAUAAGUCGGUCCUAGCGAAACAAUCAGACACAUCAGUGGAUAACUUGCUUCAAGAUGCAAAAGCCCUAUUCCGCCGAACUGCUGUACCUACUCGAUUGGUAGGACGAUCGCAAGAGAAAGAAGUCAUUAUUGAGUUCCUUGAGAAGCACGUUUUGAAAAACACAUCAGGCUGCCUUUAUAUUUCUGGCUCUCCCGGAACAGGAAAAAGUGCUAUGCUUCGCGAAAUAAUGGCUGAUAUGGAACCCAAGUACGAAGAUAUCACUACCCAUACUGUAAAGGUCUGCUCCAUCAACUGUAUGAGCAUAAAAGAACCCAAGGCAAUCUACUCCAAACUGGUUUCUGAACUCAAGGGUCCUCGAACACCAGUGGAAAGCGAUGUCAUCAAGCAAGCAGAAAAGCUUUUAAAUGGCAAAACCAAAGCAAUGCAUGUUGUCAUCCUUGACGAAAUCGACCAUCUUCUUACCAAAGAACAAGAUGUGUUGUAUAAAAUCUUUGAAUGGGCUUCCAUACCUACUUCACGGCUUGUUUUGAUCGGCAUAGCUAAUGCUCUAGAUUUAACCGACAGACUACUCCCAAGAUUGCGUGCCAAAAACUGUGAACCUCAGCUGGUGAACUUCAAUCCAUAUAAAGUCGAAGAAAUUUCGGCUAUCAUCAAGGAUCGUCUGUCAUCGUUGGGCAAGGACAAGGAGACACCAGUUAUCAUGCAACCUCAAGCAAUUGAACUAUGUGCUCGUAAAGUAGCAGCUGCUACAGGCGACCUUCGAAAGGCUCUAGAUGUAUGCCGUCAAGCAAUAGAAAUGGCGGAAAUCGAAGCAAAGAAAAAGUCAAUGGCAAACAAGCCAGCCGCGCUCGGCGAACACAAGAGCAACCAGCAGACCGGCAUUUCCACUCCAACAAAUACCGCUCCUAAAGUGACCAUAGCCCAUGUCGUCAAGGUGAUGAAUGUGGUCUUUGGUAGCCCCACAGUGCAAAAGAUUAGACAAUGCAACCUACAACAGAAAGUGGCACUUGGCGUCUUGGUCGUCAUGAGAAGUACACCUUCAAAGCAAAAGGAUCAAAUGAGUUUGGGUCGAUUCCAAGAACAGUACUCCGCUCUUUGCUCUGCUUCCGACUUUAUCACUCCAGUGUCACGAACAGAGCUGAACGAUCUGGUGUCCAUGCUAGAAACAAGUGGUCUUUUGACCCUAGCUAAAGCGAAAGAAGAACGACAGCGCAAGAUCAAUCUUUCUGUACAAGAUGCAGAAGUUCUUCAAGUCAUUCGAGAAAUUGCUGUGCUACAGUCCUGGAUUGACGAUGCUUUGAAAAAAGCAGAAGGCAAAAAGCUCCUUAAAAAUAACACCAAGUAAAUUGACCCAUAUACCAAUCAAUACCGUUCAUCCAUCGAAUGGUGCUUUUCCAUUCUUAUUCCCUUCAUGUCCUCCUCCCUUUACUAUAACUUCAUUCUCUCCACACCCUUCAGCUUUAUAAGUAGCCACUUUGAGUUUUGUAAUAUAUACACUUGCUUUUCCAUGACUUGAUUUUAUUUCGGAAUUUGUGUUGAAAUUCGCUUCAGUUUGGGAUAUCUGUUGUGACUUUGGCAUGGCUUUAUUCGCUGAUGGCUGGU